AAGUCGUCUUCGAGUACAUGAGUAAACAUAAAAUAUAAAUUAUUGAAACAAAUAAUAAAAUAAUAGCUAUAAAAGACAAGCAUAUAUAUGAUAAUACUUUUUCAUUUUGACUUUCAUCGUCCUUAAAUAAACCAAGAAGAGUGUAUAAUGUAGUUGUUCGCAAAUGGAAGGCAAGCAAGAGAAGAUGGAGCAGGAAAAGGAAUCUUGGUCUGAAGGAGAUAUAACCUCCCGAUGUGAAGCCACUGGUUCCGACGAUAGUGAGGACUACGUAGAGAUCACUCUCGACAUUCGAGACGAGGGAACACUGAAGCUGGAGAAGAAUAAGCCGAUGGUAGUUCUCCGGUCGGUGGUUUCGGGGAAGCUGAAAACGAUGGUGAAGUCAUUGUCGUUGUCUUCACGCAGGCUCGACCGGAGUAAGUCAGGUGCUAUGUUUGCUCUUAGAGGCUUGAGGUUUAUAACCAAAAACGACGCCGUUGGCAGAGGCUGGGAUGAAGUUGAAAAGAGAUUUGAUGAGUUGGCUGUAGAUGGGAAGCUCCCAAAAUCUAAAUUUGGACAUUGCAUAGGGAUGGCUGAAUCGAGCGAAUUUGUGAAUGAGCUAUUCGAGGCAUUGGUCCGAAGGAGAGGGACUACGUCGAUAUCCAAAACUGAACUAUUGGAUUUCUGGGAGCAGAUCGCAGGCAAUAGUUUUGAUGCUAGGCUGCGAAUCUUUUUUGAUAUGGUGGACAAAGAUUUGGAUGGUCGUAUUACGGGAGAAGAGGUUAAGGAGAUAAUUUCUUUAAGUGCUUCGUCUAACCAACUAUCAAGGAUUCAAGAAAAGGUAGACGAAUAUGCUGCCUUGAUCAUGGAAGAACUCGAUCCCGACAACUUUGGAUAUAUCGAGUUAUACAACUUGGAAACAUUGCUUCUCCAAGUUCCAAGCCAAUCAAACAUCAGUCCGUCAUCCGAGAGCAAGCGUGCCCUCAGCAAGAUGUUGAGCCAGAAGCUCAUACCAACAAAAGAGAAAAACCUGGUGAAAAGAUUCGCCAGAGAUAUAUCAUACUUCUUCUUGGAAAAUUGGAAAAGAAUAUGGGUGCUAACAUUGUGGAUAUCCAUUUGCAUCGCUCUAUUCACUUGGAAAUUCCUCCAGUAUAAACGCAGAGCAGUGUUUGAAGUCUUAGGUUCCUGUGUUUCUGUAGCUAAAGGCGGCGCAGAGACGUUGAAAUUCAACAUGGCUCUCAUUCUCUUUCCUGUUUGUAGGAACACUAUCACUUGGCUGCGGACCAACUCCAAGCUUGGGUCCAUUGUUCCAUUUGAUGACAAUAUCAACUUCCACAAGGUUAUUGCGUUUGGGAUCGCCAUUGGAGUAGGCUUACAUGCCAUUUCUCACUUGGCCUGUGACUUUCCGCGGUUGCUGCAUGCAAAAUAUAUAGAGUAUGAGCCAGUGAAAAAGUUUUUCGGGGACGAGAGGCCAGACAAUUACUGGUGGUUCGUGAAAGGAACAGACGGAUGGACCGGAGUGACCAUGGUGGUUCUAAUGGUACUAGCAUACGUCUUGGCUCAAUCUUGGUUCAGACGCAACCGGGCAAGCCUACCAAAAACGUUGAAACGGUUAACCGGUUUCAACGCGUUUUGGUACUCACACCAUUUAUUUGUCAUCGUUUAUGUGCUUCUCAUCGUGCAUGGCCAUUUUAUUUAUCUCUCCAAGGAAUGGUAUGAAAAAACGACGUGGAUGUAUCUGGCUGUCCCAACGAUACUGUAUGCGUGUGAAAGAUUGAUUCGUUUAUUUAGAUCAGGUUACAAGGCGGUAACCAUUUUGAAGGUUGCAGUAUAUCCAGGAAAUGUACUUUCACUUUACAUGUCAAAACCUAAAGGGUUCAAGUACACAAGUGGGCAGUACAUAUAUGUCAAUUGUCCUGACGUCUCACCAUUACAGUGGCAUCCUUUUUCAAUUACUUCCGCAUCUGGAGACGAUUUUCUCAGCAUCCAUAUCCGUACCCUCGGCGACUGGACAUCUCAACUCAAAUGCUUAUUUUCGAAGGUUUGUCAACCUCCCUCAACAAGUCAAAGUGGACUCUUCACAGCCGACAGCGGUCAAGCCAAUAACAUAACAAGGUUUCCGAGGCUCUUGAUCGAUGGUCCAUAUGGCGCCCCGGCACAAGAUUACGGAAACUACGAUGUAUUGCUUCUGGUAGGUCUAGGGAUCGGAGCUACCCCAUUAAUCAGUAUACUAAGGGACGUUCUUAACAACAUCAAGAAUCACAAAUCCAUUGAAGAAGGCACGAGCCAAAAUGUCCAUAGAAGCAACACAAAACGAGCUUAUUUCUAUUGGGUUACAAGAGAGCAAGGAUCACUGGAAUGGUUCAGUGAGGUCAUGAACGAGGUGGCUGAGUAUGAUAGUGAGGGGAUCAUUGAGCUACAUAAUUACUGCACGAGCGUGUAUGAGGAAGGAGACGCGAGAUCAGCACUAAUCACGAUGUUGCAGUCAUUGCACCACGCCAAGAACGGCAUUGACAUUGUGUCAGGUACCAGGGUCCGAACCCAUUUCGCGAGACCUGAUUGGCGCAGCGUUUUCAAGCAUGUUGCGGUGAACCACGUCAAUCAACGAGUUGGGGUUUUCUACUGUGGUAAAUCAUGCAUCAUAGGAGAGUUGAAGGGACUGGCUCAAGAUUUCUCUAGGAAAACUUCGACCAAGUUUGAGUUCCACAAGGAAAAUUUUUAAUUUCGAGUUCAUCAUUAGUAUCUCAAGAACACAAUAUGUUUCAUAUAUAAAACUUAAUUAUCUAUACUGGUUUGUAUAACUAUAACUACUUUCUGACUAUAAAUACGUAUUAAUUAUUGUUACCAGAUGUAAUAAACAUAUGUAUAUAUCAGAGUACAAUAAGUCCGAUGUCGUCCAGCGGUUAGGAUAUCUGGCUUUCACCCAGGAGACCCGGGUUCGAU